CGGUGGGGUUGGGCGAUAAACAGGCUGUGGCUAGGGAGGAGGGGUAGGGGCAUUCGUUCCGUUGGGACUUUUCACGCCCCCUUAUUUUUUUAGGUGUGGUUAGGUUCAGACGCGGGGCCCUGGCAGAGGCUUGAGCCUACUCUCUUGUGAAAGCGGAAAGAAGCUCCCGAGGAGAGCGGCCGAAGUUGCGGAGAGGGUGCGAGACGGGAGUUCUCCCCUAUGCCAGCCAAAUGGUGCGGCCCUGAGCUGUUUCACGACCCGGCCCGAGGUGUCUGAGAGAGGCCCGGGAGCGGGCAGGGAGGCGGCCCGCAGAACGCGGGUUCUGUGAAGAGACGUGGAGAAAAUUCGAUUCGGAGAAGAGGAAGAGCCCGAUUGAAAGAGAGCGAGGCCGCUGAGGGGGAGGGGGCUGCCAAGAUGGCGUCGGCCUCCUCUGGGCCGUCGGCGGCCGGGGUUUCAUCCUUGGAUCCCGCGGUCCCUUCCGGCGCCUCGUCCUCAGCAUCAGGAAUCAAGAGAUCCAUGGCAUCUGAGGUGCCUUAUGCCUCUGGCAUGCCCAUCAAGAAAAUAGGCCACCGAGGUGUUGAUUCCUCAGGAGAGACGACAUAUAAAAAGACAACCUCAUCUGCCUUGAAAGGUGCCAUCCAGUUAGGCAUUACUCACACUGUGGGAAGCCUGAGUACCAAACCAGAGCGUGAUGUCCUCAUGCAAGACUUCUAUGUGGUGGAAAGUAUCUUCUUCCCCAGUGAAGGGAGCAACUUGACCCCUGCUCAUCACUACAAUGACUUUCGGUUCAAGACCUAUGCACCUGUUGCCUUCCGUUACUUUCGGGAGUUAUUUGGUAUCCGGCCUGAUGAUUACUUGUACUCCCUCUGCAGUGAGCCACUGAUUGAACUCUGCAACUCUGGGGCUAGCGGUUCCCUCUUCUACGUGUCCAGCGACGAUGAAUUCAUCAUUAAAACGGUCCAGCACAAAGAGGCAGAGUUUCUGCAGAAGCUGCUUCCAGGAUACUACAUGAACCUCAACCAGAAUCCUCGAACUUUGCUGCCUAAAUUCUAUGGACUGUACUGUGUGCAAGCAGGUGGUAAGAACAUUCGAAUUGUGGUGAUGAACAAUCUCUUACCACGGUCAGUCAAGAUGCACAUCAAAUAUGACCUCAAGGGCUCUACCUACAAACGGCGGGCUUCCCAAAAAGAGCGAGAGAAGCCUCUCCCCACCUUUAAAGACCUGGACUUCUUACAAGACAUUCCAGAUGGUCUUUUUUUGGAUGCUGACAUGUAUAAUGCUCUAUGUAAGACCCUACAGCGUGACUGUUUGGUGCUGCAGAGCUUCAAGAUAAUGGACUAUAGCCUCUUGAUGUCGAUCCAUAACAUAGAUCAUGCACAACGAGAGCCUUUAGGCAGUGAAGCACAAUCCUCAGCUGACACUCGCAGACCAGCCCCCCAAAAGGCUCUCUAUUCCACGGCUAUGGAAUCUAUCCAGGGCGAGGCUCGGCGAGGUGGCACCAUGGAGACUGAUGACCAUAUGGGUGGCAUCCCUGCCCGCAAUAGUAAAGGGGAAAGGCUGCUGCUUUAUAUUGGGAUCAUUGACAUUCUCCAAUCUUACAGGUUUGUUAAGAAGUUGGAGCACUCUUGGAAAGCCCUGGUACACGAUGGGGACACUGUAUCGGUGCAUCGCCCAGGCUUCUAUGCUGAACGGUUCCAGCGCUUCAUGUGCAACACAGUGUUUAAGAAGAUACCCCUGAAGCCCUCUCCUUCCAAAAAGUUUCGGUCUGGCUCAUCUUUCUCUCGGCGAGCAGGCCCCAGCGGCAACUCCUGCAUUACUUACCAGACAUCGGUCUCUGGGGAGCACAAGGCACAAGUGACAACCAAGGCGGAAGUGGAGCCAGGCGUCCACUUCGGUCGUCCUGAUGUUUUACCUCAGACUCCACCUUUGGAGAAAAUCAGUGAGGUCUCGACUAUUCCUGACCCCUAUUUCUCACCUGUAGUUGGAGAGACUUUGCAUAUGCAAACUACAAGUUCAACCCUCUUGGAAAAGCCUGAAGUUGCAGAGUCAGAGUUCACCCAUUGAGCAAAAAAACUCGGAAGACCUGGAACAAGAUUCUACCAGCUUGGUGAUCCCAAGAAGCCAGCCCUUGCCCCAGCAAUGCUGAGUUUUCUUCUUCGUGGUCAUCACAAAAGGAGUAUAAUGGAGCCGAGGGGAGCUCUCGGUCUCCUUUCUGAAGAAGAACCUCUUCUCCUUCCCCUUCCUGACGAAUGGGCAUUGGUGCCUUGGACAGUUGAGGACAGCAGCAUCUUCUCCACUUCUGAGUUAGGGGGCACGACUUUUCAAAUGGCUAGCCUUGGCUUCCACAACGGAAUUGUUUUCAAGCCCCCAUUCUUCCUGCUGGAAGUGGGGUUGCUGGACUUGGUGGUUUUCUUCCUCUUCACCUACCUUUCACCGGGAGCUGGACUCUUAACUUCCUCAGGACAGACUGGCUGGCACAUUAUCUCCACCUUCGCGCUUUCUCUGGAAGAAGACCCUUGUAAUCUUUGUAAAGGUUUUGGGGAGUCAGGGUGUUAAGCCAACUCCCACCUUCCUUUUUUUUCCUUAAAAAAAGGAAAAGAAAAACUAGCA